AUUCCAAAAAUAUAAGGGUAGAGAAGUGGGACCCACGCAUUUCACCAAUGGGUAGUAGGAACGAAGCAUUAGAUGCUGCUCCUUAUUUUCCUCCGUUUAAUCUGAACUUUGCGUAAUACUCUCUUACCAAUUUACCUUUUUUCUCUCUCAUAUUUUCUCAGGUGUGGAGUGGAAAACUAAUUGACCGUACAAAUGGAGAUUAUGCUUAACAACACUGUGCUAACGUGCGCUUCCACGCUUUUACCCUCCACUCAGGAUGGUGUGCCACUGUUGGCAAUUGAGACCAAAGUCGAGGGAGAUCAGAACACAAAUGAUGAGCAGACCAAAGUAGUUGAUGCUGAUGAGGAAGGUGGAGAUGGAGACGACAACGAUGAGAAUGGAAAUGAAGGCUUUGAGGAGGGUGAAGAAGAGUACUCUGAUGAAGGGGUUCAUGGAAACAAAAGCAAAGGAAAUGCCAAGAAAAGCAAUGGAGAAGGUGAGGAGAACGGAGAUGCAGAAGAUGAAGAGGAUGUUGGUGAAGAAGGUCAUGAUGAUGACGGUGACGACGACGAUGAUGGCGACGAUGAUAAUGAUGAUGAUGAAGAAGCUGAAGAAGGAGAGGGUGAAGAAGAAGUCGUAGAGGACGACGAUCCAGAAGAUGAUGAUGAAGAGGAUGAAGAAGAAGAAGCUAUCCAGCCUCCAAAGAAGAGGAAGAAGUGAACAAAUGACCACCUGAAGUUAGUUUAACUUUGACAAGGAGAAUCAUCCAUUAUGCUUUUUAAUUACCUUGCAUUUGAAGUUAUCAAGAACUUUGGAGCUUUUAUUUGAGCAAACAAGAUUCUCCCUUCAAUUUUUAACAUGCCUCGUUAUCAAGUAAAUUAUCUAUCACCAA